CCUUCAUAACAGUGAUAGAGACUGAAUAGUGCAAUCAUUGUCUCACAAAACAGAAUAAAAUCAGUUCCCAGCAGUGCAAUCAAAAAAUUAUCCACGCCAUUGUUUUGCAUGUUACGUAAGGUUUUAUUUCUGGAGAAUCUUAAUGGUCGAAAAGUCAAAAAUAUCUACUUUCUUUGGAAAUGAGAAAGCAUUACAUGGUAAAACCGGAGAGAAAGCCCUGGCUGAGUGGAAGCUGCACAGGGGUGGUUCUUGGCACAGCGAGUGUGAGAGGAGGGAGGGAGAAACUUCUGCUUGGCUUAUGGGAGGACAUGUGGAGAAGCAUUCCUCUCAUAGUUUCGGGACACCUCUUUAGUCUACGUCAGAUCUGCUUGAAGUGGAUAAAAGGGGAUGGGGACUCUCAAAGAGGGAGAACAAACAGCCGUCAUCUCGCUGCCAGGUCUGCUGAGUGAUAUUAAGGAGGCUGGUUUUUCUUUUUCGCUCAGGAGAGAUUGCUUCAGCUGGAGAAGAUGUGGAAGGUCUUUGUCUUCUGCUUUACGCUGGUGUCAGCCUCGUGCCCAAAGGAUUGCCAGUGUCCCCUUGAAGUCCCAACAUGUGCAGGCAGUAUCAGUCUCAUGCUGGACAGCUGUGGAUGCUGUAAGGUUUGUGCCCGGCAGCUCUUUGAAGACUGCAGCAAAACACAGCCAUGUGAUCCAGCGAAGGGACUGGAGUGCAACUUUGGAGGGUUGGAUAAGGGCGUCUGUCGAGCCAAAUUAAAUGGGAGAACAUGCGAGUACAACAGCAAGAUUUACCAGAACGGGGAAACCUUCCAUCCUAACUGCAAACACCAGUGCACUUGCAUCGACGGUGCAGUCGGAUGUGUCUCCCUCUGCCCACGUGAAUUCUCGCUGCCCUUGUUGGGCUGUGCCAAACCAAGACGGGUCAAAGUACCGGGAGGGUGCUGCGAACAACUAGUCUGCCCUGAGAAAACAGAGGCACAGAGCGCUAUGAUAAAAAAGCACAGAAGAAAGUUCAGCAAAGUCAAAACCACUGAAGACGACCUCUUCAAAAAGAACGAGUUCAUCUCUGUGUGGGGAGAAUCAAAGUCUCUGCCUGCUUUCAGGAGUCAUUCAGUGGACCACAUGUUUGCCAGAGGAGUCCAGUGCAUGCCUCAAACCACAGCCUGGUCACCCUGCUCCAAAUCCUGCGGCUCUGGUGUGUCCACGAGGCUGACCAACCGCAACAAACAAUGCAAACUGGUGAAAGAAACUCGGAUCUGUGAAAUCCGUCCCUGCAAACAGUUGACCUCGAAGAUACAUUCUCUCUUGCAGAAAGGUCAAAAAUGCAGUCACAGAGGAAAAGCAAGCCAUCCAGUUCACCUGUCAUACGCAGGCUGUCGUAGCCUGAAGAAGUUGCAGCGCAGGUACUGCGGAUCCUGCUCAGACGGACAAUGCUGCAGGCCACACAGGACCCGGACAAUGCCCAUCCAUUUUCGGUGCAAAAACGGAGAGACCUUCAGGAGGAUGGUGAUGGCGAUCGAGUCGUGCAAGUGUAAUCUCAACUGCUCCAACAACGCUAAAAAGACACCUGAGCUCUACAGACCUUUCAAUGACAUCCACAAACUGAAAAUUUAACCGAAAGGCUUGAUUUAAGCGCAAGAAGACUUUUGCUUCAUAUAAUUGGAGCCUUGUGGUUUGCUUCUUUGUGAAGCUGCUUUUAAAUGGUGAAUGCUGCAUUUUUUUAAAUGAACUUUCAAAUGUUUUUCCUGCUUAUUCUUUGUACGUACUUAAUAAUAUUUAAGCCUCUAAUGACAAAACAUGUUAAAUCGCAGUGUGGAAAGUUGUGGCACCUGCUAAAUGUGUCGUCACGCGGUAGCUGUUUCUUUUGAUUCACUGCGCUCCUGUUAUUUAAAGGGAUUUAUGUUUCAUACUUAUUUUAAUGCAAAGUUAAUGUUAAGCAUGGAAAACUGUACGUUUGGUUUACUGUCCUGUUCUCUGUACUCUGUUGUCAAUGCGAAACAGAAAUAUGGUUGAAGCCUGGACACACAGACUGUUAAUCUCAUGGUUAACAGAUUAUAAUCUCCAAUAAAUUCAAGGAA